AUGCCCGCAAAAGCCCCCUCCAAAAAGGGAGGCAAAACGGCACUUUUGAAGGCCCAGGAGAGCCUACGUGCAGAGAUGGUGUCGACCGCGGGACGCACCGCAAGUGGUCGGCAACGUCGGCCAACUGAAAAAGAAACAUAUCGAAUUUUAAAAGCUCGUCGAGGAGAAGAACGCCAACAAGCCUUAGAAACGAAGAUGAAGAAGCGCGACUUAAAGGCACUGCGCACUACAUACCGAACACAUCCUGAGGUAUUCGACAGCGAGCCUGCUGGGCUUCUCAGCGAUGCUGACAGGGACGAAGACAACAUGUUUUCGGACCUGCAGUGUACCUACAAGACAGGCACUCACAUACAGUCGUCCACAAACGACAGUGACACAUGGACCACGACGACAUUGAGAACGAGUCUGAUUGUCGCAGCGGACAACACUCCCGAUGAUCAUGACGAAGUGGACGAAGCUUUUGUCGGCACCAAGCACAAACUGGAGGACUCGGAGGUCCUCGAUACUGACAUGAAUUUCAAUAAAGGUCCACUGCCAACGGUUAAAGGCCAGCGAUUUGCACCAAGUCACCAAGGAUUUGCUCAGCCUCUGCCACGUCUAUCUACCUGCUGUCUAGUCGUGACUCGCGCACCUUUUCCAGAGACACUGAUCAUUGAGACCAAGCUAGCAAAGGAUGCCUGGCGCGAGGCGUGUAACAUGGCAGAGCUUACCAUCCAACUUACUCCUUCUCUCGUCAAAAUGAUGACGAGGUGCACAUCACAAGUGCGCGGGGAGCUUAAAACAAAGAUGCGCACACUGACGGCCUUGUUCUUUGGCUUCCGUGCAAGCAGAUCUAUACCCGCCAUCAAGCAAAACCGUGACCUGGCUGAGUCUCUCAAGGAAGGAUCACAACCAGGAUUAAUCCAGGAGGCGAUGAAUCAUAUGUGGUUCGCAAACCGAUGCGACGAGGGUAUAGUACAUGCUAAAUACUUCGAUCCUUUACCCGUUCAAACCAUUGCGCUUAUACUCACAGCAAUUGAAUGCUGCAUCGACGAGUGGAUGACUGGACUAAAGGAGGACAUCAAAUUUUCGUCGCUUGCUUACUCCCCUGGUCUACCAUCUCCAUCUCGACUCCCUGCAGCGGUUCGACGAGCGGACUGCUGCUUACAAACUGCUCGGUAAAAUUGGUGUCAAUCUUCUCGACGUCGCUCGGAUGCACGCUGGUGUGGAUCCAUUCAUGGCAGCAGUGACUAUCAAGAGCUUCACAGAUGACGUUUUUGAUGAAGCUAUUCGAGAGCACGAAGACGAGGCUCAAGAAGCACAAGAAGAAGGGGGUGGUGAUUAA